AUGGAAACCCAUUUCCUGACAAAUAUUUUUGGGAAUACGAUAAAAUUAGUCAAACCAAUCAAAUAUCGUUUGGUUCUUGGUCAAAUCACAUCAAGUCAAUCGACCAGUUUGAAAGUUUUCUCCUCUGUUUUGCUUUAUCUUGGUCGGCGUGCAGCUGGAACCAAGUCUCAACUUAUCGCUUUACCGAACGAAUGGAAACUUUCAUUAUACACGGAUGCUGAUAUUCAAUCGAUUAUUGAGAAUUCUCAAAUCAAAUCAAUAAUGAAUACAUGCGAACAUUCAUUACGAAUAUGGUGCAAGGAAUACGUUCGCCGAAUCGAUGAAAGCUAUGGAAAAGAACUACGAAAAUGA